GCGGAUUGUGAGUAUGUCUGCACUAGAAACCAGAAACCUUGUGGUUCCCCUCAAAUCUAUGGUGGUGAAGCCUCCUUCUCAUCCUACUUAUGAUCUCAAAGGCAUCAUCAAACUCGCCCUGGCUGAAGACGCCGGUGAUCUUGGAGAUGUGACUUGUAUGGCCACAGUUCCUGUUGACAUGGAAGUUGAAGCACAUUUCUUGGCGAAGGACGAUGGGGUGAUUGCAGGAAUUGCUCUUGCAGAGAUGAUAUUUGAUGAGGUUGAUCCUUCCCUGAAGGUUGAGUGGUAUCAGAUGGACGGGGACUAUGUUCGGAAGGGGAUGCAGUUUGGUAAAGUAUAUGGACGAGCACACUGCAUUGUUGUGGCUGAAAGGGUUGUACUCAACUUUAUGCAGAGGAUGAGCGGAAUUGCAACUCUAACCAAGGCAAUGGCAGGUGCUGCACACCCUGCAUGCAUUUUAGAGACAAGGAAAACUGCCCCAGGUUUACGUUUGGUGGACAAGUGGGCGGUACUAAUUGGUGGAGGGCAGAACCACAGGAUGGGUUUAUUUGAUAUGGUGAUGAUAAAGGACAAUCAUAUUUCAAUAGCUGGAGGUGUUGCAAAUGCCAUAAAAUCCGUGGACCUGUUUUUAGAGCAAAGAGGUUUUCAAAUGGGCGUUGAGGUUGAAACCAGGACACUUGAGGAAGUGAAAGAGGUGUUACAUUAUGCAUCACUGUCAAAAACUUCCUUGACCCGGAUAAUGUUAGACAACAUGGUUGUCCCAUUACCUAAUGGAGAUGUGGAUGUGUCAAUGCUUAAAGAAGCUGUUGAAUUGAUAAAUGGAAGUUUUGAGACUGAGGCAUCUGGUAAUGUUACUCUUGGAACAGUUCACAAGAUUGGACAAACCGGCGUAACCUACAUUUCCAGUGGUGCUUUAACGCAUUCAGUGAAGGCGCUUGAUAUCUCCCUCAACAUUGAUACAGAGCUUGCACUUCAAGUUGGAAGGCGUACAAAAAGAGCAUAAUUGUUUUCCUUAAUUGGUGAUAUGGACUUUCUCACAGUAUUCCAUCAGGAUUCUGCUCUAUAGAAAAGUGGGUGAGGAUCACCCUUAGAAGCUCUCAAUGCUGCACUGAUAUUCGCAGUGGAAUUGUAAUAAAUAGAAAAUAUGAUAAAGUAUUCUUUUUCUCAUUCUAGUCAAUCACAAUGUAACUGAUUGGGGAGCUUGUUCCCCAACUAGAUUGGUCCCUUGUCAGUUAAAAAUGGUAAUUUUAUUCGUUUUGUACUCUUUUUUUCUUUUUUUUAAUGAAAAUGUUUUGUACUUACUGAAA